GCGAUCCCGACCAGUUCGUGUUUUUCCGUCGYACUACGAAUCGCGUGGCCCGUCGUGGUCGUCAAUCGUCACUCGUCGUCGUUGUUGUUAGUUGUUGCGCCGCUGUGACAGCGUCGUUACCGCUGCGAAAAAAAAAACGAUUUUAUAAAAUCAUAAUAUUGUUGCACGCGAACGAAUUCGAUCGCACUACGCCGCCGCCGCCAAUAUUAUUUUUGCUACAAUUACAUUUUUAUUUCGUCGUUUGAAUUUUGCGCGUUCGCAAAUUGUAUGUUUUGGUCUUUUUUAUUUAAAUUUUUUUGGUGAAUUUUCGGCGAAAAGUUACGAUUGUUUUUGAUCUUAAAAUCUUUUUCUGUGCAUUUGCGACAUGAAGACCAGACGGUGACACCGAAGAAAGUCGCGCGCGACAAAAAAGAAUAGAUAUAGGCAGAUUUCCAUUGGAUAUGCUGCUCGCCUAUACAUCGUUUUAAAAUUAAACAUGAACCAACAGUGCAAAGUUUGCGGGGAACCAGCCGCCGGUUUCCACUUCGGAGCUUUUACUUGCGAAGGCUGCAAAUCGUUUUUUGGACGGACCUACAACAACCUGAGUUCCAUAUCGGAAUGCAAGAACAACGGCGAGUGCGUGAUAAACAAGAAGAACAGGACGUCGUGCAAGGCGUGCAGGCUGCGCAAAUGUCUGUUGGUGGGCAUGUCUAAGAGCGGGUCGCGGUACGGCCGCCGGUCCAACUGGUUCAAGAUCCACUGUCUACUGCAAGACCAAAAUGCAGCGGCGGCGGCAGCGGCCGUYGGCCACCAUCAGCCGCACCAUCAUCACCAGCACCACAACGGAAGCAAUCGGUCGUCACCGCACCAGCAACAGCCGCCGCACCACCAGUCGCAGCCGUCGCCGUUCGGUUCGCCGCUGUACCCAGCCGGUCUGGUGCACCCCGGUCACCAUUUCCUGACCACCGACAAGUUCCUGCAGGCCCGACUCAACGGUUACGGCGCCGCCGCGGCCCUGAUGACCGCCGCCGUCCAGGACGACGCGUCCUGCCGGCGCCAGGCAGCCGCCGACGCGAUCAUCAGCGGGCAUCACCACCACCAUCACCGUAACCGUCAUCAUCACAACAACAACAACAACAGCAUUGAUCGACGGCAACGUCAUCGUUACGACGAUGAAGACGGAGACGACGACGAUUGCGGUGGCCGCCGCCGCCGUGACGGAGACGACGAAGACGAUGACGAUGACAACGGCGAGCACAACGACAACAACAACGGCAGUGACGACCAUUCGCCAAAARGCAGACACCGUCGCCGGCGCCGACCGUCCGCUUCCGACGAUUCGGGUGGCUCGUCCAUGCCAGACGACGAGGACAACCUCGGUGGUAGCCGCCGGAAGACCGCCAGUCCCGUGCUCCGGCACCACCACCGCAGCCCGACCUGCACGACAGGCGGUACGCCUCCCGCGUUCCGUCAGCUGUCCUCGUCGCCGUCCGCGUCGUCCACCGGUUCGGGUGACGCCAAACGCAUACGUCUGUCCGUCAGCCCGUCGUCGGCCACCAUCGGCUUGUCGCCCGUCUCCGGUUUCCACUCGCCCUACUACCCGAUGUCCGUCACCCGACCCGGAUUGACGCCGUUCGUCGGCGGCGGUCUCACGCUGUCCAUGGCCGCUGCCGGCUGGCACGCAGCCGUGGCCGCUGGGCGCACAGCCGCCGGUGGCGAUCUCUUGCUGUCCAGUCCGGCGCCGGGCGGCGUGGCCAUCGAACAGGAAUACCCCAUCGACCUGUCGCUGAAGACCACGGCCGCCAAGUACAACAGGUCGCCGCUGCCACACGCGCCCCAGUCGGCCGGCGGUCGUCACUCGUCCACCGACGACCCGGAGACCGCGGCAACGGCCACCACGCUGCCGCCUUCGCCGUUGGACCUCACCAAGCGGACAGCCGAAGUUUAAUCCGACUGACCACACCACCUGCAGCAGACGACAGCCCGCGAUAUCGCACCGGUGGAGGAACCUUGCUUUUUACUACCUAUACCAAUACUACUACGUAUUACUACUACUACUACUACUAUUGCUACUAUUGCUACUAUUGCUACCACCUAUAUACCACACAUUACCACGCUGUACCGUGCGUGUUGUGUACUCGCGUCAUCAUCGUCGUCGUCGUGUGCCCAAAAGUCGGAAGAAAUGUUAUUUUUCGAGGAAUAUUUUAUCUUUUUUUCGGCAUCGUCCUAGUCAUUGCAGUAAACUGCAGAAAAAAAAAACGAUCGUCUCCGAUUUGGUACUCUGAGAAGUGCACCAAAAAUAAUAAUCGAACAACGCGACCCAAAUGAUGUGCGGCGGUGCGUCAUGCGCACUCGGACGCGUAUUAAUAUCUCCCGGCGUGGAAAUGGUACGAGUGGUGAUUGGG